UCAGGGGAGACAUUGCGUGUGCGCGCUGCACACAGCCUGCGAUUCUUUUGGCUGGCCAAAACAAUUCUCAUGUUUACAUCACGUCAGUCCUUUUAAACAGCACAUUAUUGUGUUGAAGCUCCUAUUCAAGUAAGAAUUUGAAGCUCGUGAUGUUUUUUCGUUCGUCCAAGUGUUCCAGGAUAAUGUUUCUAAAAAAGCUCUAGCUAGUAGAGCUGGUAAAUGUUUACAGUCAACCAACCGGUGUUAGCUAGCACCCGUAAACGUUAGAUGCGACGUUUAUAGCUUCAGUCUGGGUAAAAAAAGACUACAUUUAACGUCAGCCCAUUCCUGACUCGGAAGAGAUGCCACCUAACAGACGGAUUCACAAGAAAACACUGAAAUUGGAGUGUGAAUGGAGUUCUUGUCAGGAGUCAUUCAGUCGGAUAGAUAACUUCUGCAAACAUGCGGAGGGUCAUCUUAGUAAUGCUCUCAACAUGGCGGAGGAGGACGAAGAAGAAACCGAAGGGGAGAGAAACUGUCUUUGGAGAGACUGUGGUUUCUGUUCUGUGGAGGGGCCUGAAGAGUUGCGAAGACAUCUGUUCUUUCACUGUUACCAUACAAAGCUGAAGCAGAUGGGUCAGCAGGUGCUCAAUGCCCAGACAGAAAUUGGCACCUGCUCCAUCGGCUACCAGAACCGCAACGUCAUCCCUGAAAUCCCAGACAAUUUUAUCUGCCUUUGGGAGGAAUGUGAGCAACCACCAUAUGAAAACCCAGAGUGGUUCUAUCGCCAUGUGGAGAUGCAUAGCCUGAGCAUAGAUGUACCAGUAGGAGACCAUGAAUUCCCAAUACAUUGUGGAUGGAAAGAUUGUGAAGCCACCGCUAAAGGGCGUCCUAAGCUUCGGGAGCACCUGCGCAGCCACACUCAGGAGAAGGUAGUGGCAUGUCCAGGCUGUGGGGGGAUGUACGCCAGCAACACCAAGUUAUUUGACCACAUCAUACGACAGAGUGCCAUGGAAGGUCAGAGGUUCCAGUGUUCUCACUGUUCCAAACGUUUUGCAACAGAAAGACUACUGAGAGACCACAUGAGAACUCACGUGAGCCACUACAAAUGCCCGCUGUGUGACAUGACUUGUCCAUCACCUUCUUCACUACGCAACCAUAUUAAGUUCCGCCACAGUAACGAAAAGCCAUACAGCUGUGAAUACUGUGAAUACAGCUGUAAGAAUCUAAUAGACUUGCGCAAACACCUGGAUACCCACAGCAGCGAGCCGGCAUUUCACUGCAACGUUCCUGGCUGUGACUUCUCCUCUCGUAACCUCGGCACCAUGACGAUUCACCACAAAAGAGAGCAUGAGGGGAAUUUUGUAGCCCGCUACAAGUGCCAUGUGUGCGAUCAGUGCUUCACCCGGGGCAACAACUUAACUAUUCAUCUGCACAAAAAGCACCAAUUCAAAUGGCCCUCUGGACACCCCAGGUUCAGGUACAAGGAGCACGAGGACGGCUUCUUGCGGCUGCAACUGAUUCGUUACGAGAGUGUGGAACUGACAGAGCAGCUAAUGAGGGAAAGACAAAGUAGUCAAGCGGAGGAGGAUGAGGACAGCGGCCAGAUUGAGGAAGAAUACCUGGGGGCAGUUCCCUCAGAGUUGCAGGUAGAACUGAGAGGGGUGCUGCUAGAGGAGCAGAGGAUUGAGGGUACAACCGCCAGCGCUGAGGGAGGCAGUCAGGAAGAGGGCAUGUUGUACGUUCUCACUGGAGGUUUGUCAGAAGCAGCGGAGGACUCCGUCAUGCAGCAAUUACAGGAUCCUGCUCAGCAGCAAGGAAUGCACGUAGGUUGACUGCCACAGUCCUGCAUAAACGUCGACAGGAUAUUCUGUAAUCAGCUGUGCUGUUUCACAGAUGCAUGGCACAUGCCUGAAAAAAAUAUGGAAUUCCUGAGCCUUUAAUGGGGGCUGAAAGCACUUAAUAAUAAGUUUAAACGUCUAAAUGAAAAGAUGCGUAUUCCAUGAUGACCAAUUCUUGACUAUAAGGCUGCAUUCACACAAAAUCAGGGACACUUGAUGUCAUUCUUGUUUCAGUGUCAGUUUUUGGGGUUUGAUGGGGUGGGAAAGAAGUGGGUUAUUUACAUGUAAUCUGGAGAAAAUGUCAGUCUUCUGCCUGGCAUCACCACACAGCUAACAUAUGGUAAUGUCUUUGAUGAGUUCACCUGGAACUUCCAAACAGCAAGUAUGUUAAGGGUGUUUUUCUCUGCCGUUGUUGUUUUUUCACAUAGAACUGAUAAUAUGCAGAGGUCCACUGUAACAAGCGCUAACGUCAACUAAUUUCACCUACCUUAGCUAACGUUAGGCUCAAUGUGAAAAACAACAGCAGAGAGAAACGGACUUACUUGCGGUUUGGGAGUUUCAGGUAAACUUGUGAAAGCCGUUGCCGUAGACGUACGGUAAAGCCAGAGGCUGCGGUCAAGCCAUCAGUGUGCAUCUGAUGCCCUCUGGCCCAAAAAUACUUUUUCCCGUAGACUUAC